AUCUCACAAUAUAGGUCCCCAACCACUGACCAAACUCCAGUCCAGGCAGCCACCAGCUGGCCUGGUCUUGCUGCUUCCUUUAGCGGCUUCCAAGGUCCAGGGACAUGGGGUCUGGGCCACCAAGAGGCUCUGCCAGGCCAUCCCUGCAGCCACAGCCACCCCACCGGACCCCUGCCUCCCAUCUGAGAGGACAGCCCUCUUCCUGGAGCUGGGAUCUGACGCUUGCUGAUAUCAAUGGCAGACACCAGAUGAGGAGACUGAAGAUCAGAGAGCUCAUGGAAUCUUCACAACAACCAAGGUUCAUUUGAUGGGUGAAGAAACUGAGGAACAGAGAACUGAAGCAAAGCACCAUCAUCACAGAGCUUCAAGGGACAGAGCCACAUCACCAAACUGUCUCCGACAAUGGCCUCGGAUUGGUCCUCAAGCUGAUGCUAUUGGUCAAAGGGACUAGGCCUAUAUAGCUGGAAAAAUUAGGCUCACCCGGCACUGAAAAACAGAUAUGCAGUAUUGCCCUGAUGGAAGAUUGUUGACAUCCCCUAUCUCUUCACUUGUCCUGUCUAGAGCACUUGAAGGUGCUAUUCCAGACCACCUCAGCUCACCCCUUCUUAUCCAUCCAUCCAUCCAUCCAUCCACCCACCCACCAUCUUUUCAUCUCCCCACUCAUCACAUCAUUUGUCCAUCCAUCCUUCCCCUAACCACCUACCCUUCCUACAAGGAGAUUCGAGGUACUUACAGAAAUGGGCAACUACCAAAGAAGCAAAAUAAACAACCAAGGGAAACUUGUUGAAAGGAAAAUAAGGGUAGAAAAGUCAUAAGGCCAGGAGUCAGGUUAGCACACAGAUAUGUAUGCUUAGCAUCUCAUCCUCACAGUUACUCAGGGGAGUCCCAGAUUGGCACUGAGCAAGGUCCUGGCACUCAAUGCAGAACACCACAAGAGUCACAGUCUACUCUACUCCACUGUGGUAGACACUCCCUAGAACUACCUUGUUCUCCUAUAACACCCUGGGGUUAUAUGUGCUCCAGGGUACAUUUGGCUUUCUGGAGACAUUUUUCAUGGGCACAACUGAUGGGGAGAGAUGUUACUGGCACCUAGGGAGUAGAGUAGAGGCCAGGGAUGCUGCCUAACAUCCUACAAUGCACAGGACAGCCCCCCACCACAGAGAAUCUUCCAGGCCAAAAUUUCAACAGUGCUAAGGCUGAGAAACUCACUUAUACCAGAGCCUCAGUUCUGUUUGAAGCAGGAGUGUGCCACACCCCAAGAGAAACAUCACUGGUCUAGGCCCGUCUUGGCUUUCCCAUCUCUUCCCACUACAUACUUGUCUUCCCAGUUUUCCUUGAACCAGGAGGUUUCUGGGGAAGUUUUGCUUUUGGAUAAAAGAAACAAGGGCACCGAGGAAAACCUCUUCUCCUCCUGCCUGCAGCUUCGGGCACAUGAGUCCAGACAUAACAACUGAUGCUGGGACAGCCAGCUUGGGUUAUAAUGGGGCAAAUACAAGGACCAAAGCCAAUGCAGUGAGGAGGGCAGACAGGAAGGAAGGGAAGAGAGUGGGAUCUGGCUGACAUUGAUGAUCAUCGCUGUAGCGCUGUUUUCAGCCCAUCAUUUAACUCAUCCAACAAAUGCUUAUUGAGCAUUUCUUCUGUGCCAGUCACCAUGUGAGACAUUGUGAGACAAACAAGGCUGAACAAACUACUCAGGUCCCAGAGCUCACGGAGUUUAUAGUCUGGUGGGAGAGCCAGACACCACAAUUCACACCAGCAACUAUCUGAUCAGAGCCAUGAGGAGAACCGCAAAGCCAAAUCCAGUGUGCCGUGGAAGCACCGGUCCACAAUUCACACCAGCAACUAUCUGAUCAGAGCCAUGAGGAGAACCGCAAAGCCAAAUCCAGUGUGCCGUGGAAGCACCGGCAGUCCAGGGAGGGCCAAGUCCGCCCAGCAUCACCACACCAAAGAGCAGCUCUUUAGCGUCCUGCUAAAGCUCAAAAACAUGAAACCACAACGAUGAUUUCUUGCGUGCUUACUCUGGACCCAGCACUGUUCUAAGCACUCAUGUGUUCUUCCAUUUGAUCCUCAUAACAGCCAUGUCUCCCUCUGUCUCUAACUGAGGCUGUGCUAUGUGCCAUGUCCCUGACUCACCAAUGCACCUCUACUAUAGUCAUCUUAGAAGAUGAUUAAUGUUAUCCCCAUUAGGGAACCCCAGAAGAAGGUUUUUUAUUUUUUUGUUUGUUUGUUUUUUGUUUUGUUGUUUUGUUUUUUUGAGACAGAGUUUUGCUCUCUUGCCCAAGCUGGAGUGGCAAUGGCAGUGGCAUGAUCUUGGCUCAAUGCAAACUCCACCUCCCAGGUUCAAGUGAGUCUCAUGCCUCAGCCUCCCGAGUAGCUCGAAUUACAGGCGCGUGCCAUCAUGCCUGGCUAAUUUUUGUAUUUUUAGUAGAGACGGGGUUUUGCCAUGUUGGCCAGGCUGGUCUCAAACUUCUAACCUCAAGUUAUCUGCCUGCCUCAGCCUCCCAAAGUGCUGGGAUUACAGGCGUGAGCCACUGCGCCUGGCCUGGGAGAGGGGUUUGUUUCCUCGGAGCACUUGUUUCUUUUCUCAGAAAGUGAAUUUUUCUUUUUUCUUUCUUUUCUUUUUUCUUUUUUUUUUUUUUUUCUGGAGCCUCCCGGCAGACUUCACUAGCUCAUUUUACAGAUAAAGCAUGCGAGGCUCAGAGAGGGGUAAUGAUUUGACUCAUAAGACCACACAGCUUUUUUUUUUUCUUUUUUUUUUAAGAAAGGUGGAUCUAGGAUGCUAGGAUGCUAACCCAGAUGUAUUUUAUCAAAAAUAUCAAAUCAGGGUCUUUCAGCCACUCUCACACACAUACACACAGUUACAUAUACACUGCAGCGAAUGUUCCACUGCCCCAGGACAAAAGUGCUCAUUUUUUAUGGAUGUGCUGCAAGGUCAUUGGAGUUCUCCUUUCUCUAUCCAGCCAUAUCUGUGGCCUAGAGCAGAGGGCCAGCAACAGUUGGAUUGUGUCAGGUCUCGAGUCAUGAUAUUUUGUGUGUGUGUGUGUGUGUGUGUGUGUGUGUUUUUUUAAUCUUGAACCUUAGUUUUCUCUUCUGUCCUUGGAGAUUACAAUAUUAUUUAUCUCAGACGGCUGUUUGGAAAAUGAAACAGCUGUCUGAGAGAUAAUAGUAGAAUAUCCACUAACCCAUUCAUCCAUCCAUUCACCCACCUACCCAUCGAUACAUGCAACCAUUCUAAUAACUGCUGAAUGCUUGCUAUAUAAUGAGUACGACACAGGGGCAGAGAUGAAGAGAGAUGAGGACACCCUACAAGGUGCAGAAACUUGGGAGACAGUGAAAGGCUGUCAGGUUAUAUUAUUGUAUCAUCCUUUAAGAGACACUGUGGGGCCUUCUGUUCACCCCUAGCUUAGCCUUAUGACCUGGGCUGUCCUUCUCCAGAAGCUGUCUGGCCCCUUUGAGAGACAAUGUCUUCCUCUAGCCACAGGUUCAACCAAGUCAUCCACUGGCAUCUUUACUCUAGGUCUUAAAACUGUGGAUUAAGGGUGGCCUCACCCUUUAGUUAUGCUAUCUCCUCUAAUCUCCCCACCCUCUGGGAGAUAGGUCCUGUUGUUAUCUUCAUUUUACAGAUGAGGAAAUAGGUUCAGAGAGGGGAAGUGUCUUGCCCAAGGUCACACAGCUGGUAUGUGGGAUGGGUUCCCAGGCUGCUGGUUUCUUCAGCCUCUGCCAUUUCCAGUGCAUCACAUAUUCCUGUUUGAUGGGGGUCAAAGCAGAUUCUGCCUGACUAGAGUCAGGAGAUCAGGCCCUGAUUCUGUCAUUCACUGGCCCUCUGUCUUCAGCAAAUGAUGACAUAAAUGUUGAUUACAUCUUUGCAACGCACGUGGUAUCACCCUUGCUCCCCACGGCAUCCACCGUGAUCUUAAGAUACCUCCUAAUCCUGUCUCCACUUCAGAAAGAAAGCAAGAGGCACAUGAAUGUUGAGUCGUGCGACAGAGUCACAACUAGACCCGAAGUCUACUGGAUUCCAGAGGCCAAGUUCUGUGCGGGUGUGUGAUUUGAACAGGUUUAUAAAAUGCACCCAACUUUUAAAAAUCCAAAAUGCGUCCCCAAAAGAUAAAACAUUCUCUUGAAUUUCCUUCCUCAGAAACAAACCUGUCAACAAUUUCAUCAUGUCAUUCCAUGAAUUUUAUAUGCGUGGAAUGUACAUGUAUACGCGUGUGUACAUAUAUACAUCUAUGACGUGUAUGUACAUGUAUACAUCUAUAUCCGUUUCACUAUCAGCAACUAUACAGUUCUUCAGUGUACCGUUUUCACUUAAUGUAACUGAGAGGUUCUUCCUUGUCACACACAGAUAUGCGUUUUUUCCUUGAACAAUGGGAUAGCAUUCCAUUGUAAAGACGCCUCAAGCUUUAUUUACCUGUCUUCCCUCUGCUGAGGGACAUUGGGUUACUUCCAAUGUGGGGCUCACCCUAAGGAGUGAGCCUGAGCCUUUCACUCCCAGUAACACACGCUUUCUUGCCCCGCAUCUGAGUUUCACGCGUCCGCACAAGAUAUUCCCAUUUUCCAGCGCUCCACGCUGCGCGGCGCUUUCUACCUCCUUCCCAUUAUCCAGAGCCAAAGGAGGUGCGGAGGGACCCAGGCGCCCAGGUCCCACGCCCAGCUUGACAAUGCACCAGCAACGUGACCUAGGCCCAGCAAGGCUCUCCCGGUGGACCUCAAUUUGCCCCGCAGCGAAGCAGGACGGUGCUUCCAAGCCCCACCCUCUGUGGGGUUUUGAAAAGACCACCGAGAUGCAUUCCCAGGAAGGCCUCUGGACAGACAAAAUGAGCCAAGCUCCUGCCUCAGGGCUUCUGGGCCCCUCCCAGCACUUCUCGCACCAAACAGGCCAUGCCCCGGCUUGAGAGCUUAGGGAAGCAGUCACGUUGCCUCCGUGGGGCUUCCUGCCCUUCCAGUGGAGUUCUAGGAGGGGCUUUGGGCCCGUAAGAAACACACGGGGAGGUGUCCCACGGCCUCCCAAAGCUGACCGCAGCCCCGCCCUGUCCAGUCUCCCCCCAGCCCCACUUACCAUAAGAACUCUCCACUGGAGCCCCGAGGGGCGCGUUCACACUGACCAUGGCCAAGCCCACCCAGCCGGAGACCCGGGGGCAUGGAGGAGCAGGGGCCCGCUCACAGCAGCAGCAGAGCCACCAGGAGCCAGUCCACCAGGAAGGCGGUCUCACAUCGCCUUAUUGAGCACCAGGAUAAUGAGAAUGACAACCACUGGCAUUUAUGAACUGUUCUGAGAGCCGAGGAAGUGGGAAGGGGCCGUCAGAGACUGAGCUCCCACCUUGGCCAUCAAAGAUAAGCUGUGCAGCUCUGGAUGAGAAAACUAAGGCUAAGACGGCAGAGGUGUCUCCGAGGCUCCAAGAAAGACCAAUGAUACUGUGACUACUGCUCCAAUUCUCCAGGGCUACAUUUAUCCUCCUCCAGCCUCCAGCAAAUACUUUCACAAGCGCUUUUUCCCAGACAAGAGCAAGACGCGGAGGCUCGGGGACUGGGAGCGGCUAGGAGAGCGCAGAGGACAGGAGCUCGGAGCUCGGGGACCAGCACGGGCCUGAGGCAGCAGCGGCCACCAGGAGGCGCGCGUGGGCUCCAGAGCCCAAGCACGCCUCAAGGGGUGGGACUCGCGGCGGUGCGCAUGCGCUCGAAGGAAGGUGGAGGCGCAGGUCCGGGCGAAGGGCGAUACGGUGGCCGAGAGGGCACGGAGCGGAGGACGGUGGCCGACGAGAUCGGGCAUGGAGCAUCUGGAGCGCUGCGAGUGGUUGCUGCGGGGGACGCUGGUGCGAGCGGCCGUUCGGCGCUACCUGCCCUGGGCCCUGGUGGCCUCCAUGCUGGCGGGCUCCCUCCUCAAGGAGUUGUCCCCGCUGCCCGAGAGCUACCUCAGCAACAAGCGCAACGUCCUCAACGUGUAUUUUGUCAAAAUGGCCUGGGCCUGGACGUUCUGUCUCCUCCUGCCUUUCAUUGCCCUCACCAACUACCAUCUGACCGGCAAGGCUGGCCUGGUCCUGCGGCGGCUGAGCACCCUGCUUGUGGGCACGGCCAUCUGGUACAUCUGCACCUCCAUCUUCUCCAACAUCGAACACUACACGGGCAGCUGCUACCAGUCCCCGGCCCUGGAGGGGGUCAGAAAGGAACACCAGAGCAAGCAGCAGUGCCACCAGGAAGGGGGCUUUUGGCAUGGCUUUGACAUCUCAGGUCACUCCUUCCUGCUGACCUUCUGCGCCCUCAUGAUUGUUGAAGAGAUGUCCGUGCUGCAUGAGGUGAAGACGGACCGAAGCCACUGCCUCCACACCGCCAUCACCACUCUGGUUGUGGCCCUGGGCAUUCUGACUUUCAUCUGGGUGUUGAUGUUUCUGUGCACAGCUGUUUAUUUCCACAACUUGUCCCAGAAGGUGUUUGGCACCUUGUUCGGUUUGCUGGGCUGGUACGGGACAUACGGGUUUUGGUAUCCGAAAGCCUUUUCCCCAGGACUUCCUCCCCAGAGCUGUAGUUUGAAUUUGAAGCAAGAUAGUUACAAGAAAUAAAAGAGUAACAGGGUGGGGACAGAAGGACAAUGACUAAUCGAUUUUUCAAAUAUAUAUUUUGCUUAGUUAUUUGGCUAACUUAUUGAUCCUACUUCAGAGGGAAAGUGUACCAGGCAGUUUUGGUGGGUAGUGCUGAAGUCUGGGGAGUGAGUUUAGUCCUCAGACUAUUCUUGGCAACGUCACCAGUGUUGCAAGCACCACCAUUCCCAGUUAGGCACUUUUUGUCCCUGGUAACACUCUUUAUCUGGAACACUCCUUUUGUCCUUGGAGUGGGGAGCUAAGGCUCAGCAAAACGGCAGAAUCAGGAAAACCUCUAUGGUGUGGCUCAAGGGGAGCCCAGAGCCUUGGGACUCCUUUGCUGCCUUCUCCCUGGUUCUGGUAGUCUUUAGAUUUUCAUGGCUCUUACUGCUGUUACUUAACAGUAUUUUCCGGCCGGGCAUGGUGGCUUACACCUGUAAUCCCUGCACUUUGGGAGGCUGAGGCAGGUGGAUCACCUGAGAUCAGGAGUUCGAGACCAGCCUGGCCAACAUGGCGAACCUCAUCUCUUCUAAAAAUACAAAAAUUAGCUGGGUGUGGUGGCAGGCGCUGGUAGUCCCAGCUACUCAGGAGGCUGAGAUAGGAGAAUUGCUUGGACCUAGAAGAUGGAGGUUGCAGUGAGCCGAGAUUGUACCACUGCAUUCCAGCCUGGGUGACAGAGCAAGACUCCAUCUCAAAAAAGAAAAAACAAAACAAAACAGUAUUUCCCACUGCUCAGUUUUGCAUAGGCAUCUGUUUCAGGCAGGGUUCUUUUUUUUUUUUUUUUUGGGACGGAGUUUCGCUCUUGUUGCCUAGGCUGGAGUGCAAUGGUGCAAUCUUGGCUCACCGCAACCUCUGCAUCCCAGGUUCAAAUGAUUCUCCUGCCUCAGCCUCCCGAGUAGCUGAGAUUACAGGCAUGCGCCACCAUGCCCGGCUAAUUUUGUAUUUUUCGUAGAGACAGGGUUUCUCCAUGUUGGUCAGGCUGGUCUCAAACUCCUGACCUCAGGCGAUCCGCCCGCCUUGGCCUCCCAAAGUGCUGGGAUUACAGGCGUGAGCCACUGCGCCCAGCUCAGGCAGCGUUCUUUAUAACAACACCCUGGUGCCUGAAGGACAUUCUCUGGUUGUAAUAUUUGUUUCAUCCAUGAAAUGUUUAUGACUUGUGAUUAGCCACCAAAACAGGCCCUUUUAGAUGCAGUGCCUCUCCGACCAAGUAUUGGAUGAUUUGUACGUAGUGGGUUAUGAUCAUUUUCUGUCCAUGUUUCAAUUACUAUAUGCUGGUUUUUUGGAGCAAUAAGAUUACUUUUUUUCUGUUUUAUUUUGAGCGAAUCUUUUACAGUUUUUGAUAAGAACUAUGGCAUUUGUUCUUUGUUGAUAAAACUCCUGAAAAUAACUCACAACACCAGUGCUACACUCUGGCACGUGUAGGUUGUUUUGAGGGUUGGUUGGUUGGUUGGUUGGUUGGUUGGUUUAGAACACUAAUGUGCUUGUUAUAAACUAAACGCUGGGAUUAUGAUCUUAAAUUCCACCUCAUGGGGCUGUUUUCUCUGUUAGCAAUGAAACCUGGGCCGGGUGUACUGGCUUACACCUGGAAUCCUGGCACUUUGGGAGGCUGAGGUAGGAGGAUUACUGGAGCCCAGGAGUUUGAGACCAGCCUGGGCAACAUAGUGAGAACCCAGUUUCUGUAAAUAAAUAAGAUAAUCAAACCAGAAAGCAGGCAUUUUAGUAACAACCUGAUGAAUUGUAAGGUGAAUCAGGGUAAUUUUGCAGAAUGCGUUCUUUCACCGACACUUCCCUGACCACGUAUCAGUGGUAUAGGCUGAACAGUGUGCCUCAGGGUCGUGUGCUGAGUGCAUUGAUCACUCUGCUGUGGCCUAGGGCAUCUGUACCUUUUGGACAAGAUUAUGAUAAUUCAGAAGUGAAGUAAAAUGCCUCCCUCUGAUGGCAGAAAGCCAACCUGUUUGCAAAAUCACCCUGAUUAAAGGGUGGCAUGGCUGUGGCUCCUCCCUCCUGUUACCUGCAUCACCAACUGAAUUAAACCAAACCAUGCGUGGGCCUGUUGAACUGGUCUUGAAAUCAGUUUCCUUUUUCUCUCCCCUUUGCAGCACUUUUCAGUUUCCAGCUUUGUCAUUCUGUGGCCUUUGCUGUGACAAUGCUGGGAAGGGUUAGAAAUCCUGUCAUGUCCAUCCACAAAGGCACAGUUCCACGCCCUGUGAUAAGAUGUCCCCUCUUCUCUCCCAGACUGUCUCCUUAAGCCUUUCAAACUGAGCCCCUUGCUGUUGGGGUAAUCACCCUUAAAGCCACCUUGAUGCCCCUCUCUCCAGUCAAGCCUCGUAGUAGCAUUAACUGAGAAGCACUACACCUGACUGGCUUCACGCACGCUUAGGUGGUUGAGGGUGAAUCUUCGGCGUAAAAUCUUUCACUAUAAAGAUAUAUUUUAAAUAUUUCAUAUCCCAUCAAGUUGCAGGUUAACUUUAUCAGUCACAAUGAGUCAUGAUUUGUUGCACCCAAAAGGAUCAGAGACACAGGUGAUGAGCUAUGGGAGGUGGCACCAUGGUGCUUUGGAGGCGUUGGCAAGAUGUGACCCUUGUUGCGUACACCCAUAAGCCAGUGGUGGGAGUGGCCGUGGAGUAGAUGGCAGGGGCUCGUUGAAGGGAUUGAAAGCUCUCCUAGGCCAGGCACGGUGGCUCACACCUGUCAUCCCAGCACUUUGGGAGGCCGAGAUGGGAGGAUCACUUGAGGCCAGGCCAGCCUGGCCAACAUGGUGAAACCCUGUCUCGACUAAAAAUACAAAAAUUAGUCAGGUGUGGUGGUACACGCCUGUAAUCCCAGCUACUCGGGAGGCUGGGGCAGGAGUAUUGCUUGAACCCAGGAGGCAGAGGUUGCAGUGAGCUAGGAUCACACCACUGCACUCCAGCCUGAGUGACAGAGUGAGACUCCAUCUCAAAAAAAAAAAAAAAAAAAAGCCUCUCCUAAGUGUUGUGUUCAGCACUAAAAGGGAACAGGCACAGGGUGACCCCAGAAAUUCAUUUGUGACACUUAAAUCUCUAGAUAUUUAUCCCACGUGAGUCUGAUUCAGGCUCAGCACUAAAUUAAUUCUAUGUGGAAAGUGUCCAUUGCAGAGCCUUCUGUAUCGAUGAGGCUUCCGCCACUUAUCCAUGCUUAGCCCCCUUGCCUUUUCCUUGGGAGCAUGCUUUCUGUUCCUAUGUGAGACAGCCUGACAUAAGUGAAAUGAUUUGGGCUCAAGCAAACAUGAGAUGUGGGUUCAUAUCUUGGCAGUAUUCCUGAUAGCUGUGUGAUCAUGGCAAACCUUGUUUCCAUUGUCUGUCAAGUGGAGACGAUGAAGGGAAAUGGGGCACGUAAAGUGCUCAGCAUCUGUGCUUAGCAGGCCAUAGUCUCCCUGCCUCCUUUUUCUUGAGUAAGCCUUUAGAACUUUCUGACUCCUUUAGAGAAGGCAGAGAAACGAAUAUAUUUUGGGUGCCAUUUGGAGUCUGGGUCUUUUGUUUAAACUGUAUUGUGUUGAAAAGUGCCUGUCACCCCCAGGCUCUGGGGGCAUCUGUGAUCAUAGAAUACUGCCACGCUUAUUUUGCCUCUGUAUGUUGAGAUUAAUUCACUGACGCUUCAUUUUCCACGUGCAUCUGUCAUAGUCUGGGUACCAGACUGUAUUUAGAGAAUGACUUUUGCCACUGUUAUAUACACACAGAUCGUGUGUGUAAACAAGCAAAUGAAAGUAAACUGAGAUAAUGAAAUCCCACA